AUGCCAUAUCAGAAACGUCCGAUGUUCAAGAUGUUGGGGAUGCUCUUGCUUAUAAGCGUUGUUCAAGCAGCAACCUUAUUCAAGGUACCUCUGACUACAUCACUCAUUGCAGGAGAUCCGGCUGUCCCCGACAGGAACGCCGCUUUCAUGACCACCGUUUCCUUACAAGCUGGCAAUUUUCAGACUUGGUCCAACGUGCUAGUUGAUACAGGAAGCUGUUUGGUAUGGGUCGGUGGAACAGAUCAACAACAAUAUAUACCCGGAUCUCACAGUGUCCCGAUGAACGAGUCGUUCGGUGCCGGAUAUGGGUCUGCUGGCGCAAGUGGUACCGCUUACCUUGACCGCGUCACACUGGGAGAAGCUACUGUCAAUAGGCAGGUGAUUGGUGCUGCGAAUUAUUCUUAUAUGUCUUCUUUUGAGCCCUUUGAUGGAAUACUGGGUCUUGGUGUCCCAGGAUGCAACGGUGGCGAGGUCUCGGGAUACAGCACUACACCAACUUUCGUGGAAGGGCUCGUUGCAGAGGGAUCUAUCGAGAGCCCGGUUUUCGGUAUUUAUAUACCACCUUUGAGCGAGGAAGGUAUAUCAGAAGGCACUGGAGAUAUUACGUUCGGCGGUAUUGACGAGAGUCGCAUCAGCGGGGAAAUCGUGUGGAUUCCGCAGAUACCACCAUAUACUAAUCGUUAUGUUCUGAAUAUAUCGAGCGUCAGUUAUGGUUCUACUGUUGUCCAAUCGGAACCCGUCGCCACUUACACUGAUACUGGAAACGUCGCGCUCGGUCUUCCAUUCGACGCGUUCUUUGCCAUCUACCAGACCGUCCCCGGUGCAGGCUUGGACAUUACUUCCGACCUCCAGGGCUCUAUUACCUUCUCAUUGAACACCUCCGCAGACGCCCUCCUUCCCGUCACAAUUUCGUUUCAAGGGGUGAAUUCAAGCCUGGAUAUCAGUAUUCCGUCAUCCAAGUACCUGGUACCCAAGUCACUGUAUCCGACAUUGAACAUGACGGACGAUGUGCUCCACUCGUGGAUUUUGCCAGGCGUUUUAGGACAGAAUUUCCUUCAAAACGUCUAUUCGGCUUAUGACCAGGAAAACCAUCUCAUAGGAUUUGCCAAUCUAGCAUAA